CUCCUCCUCCUCCUCCUCCUCCUUUCCCCUACGCCGCGAGAGAGAGAGAGAGAGAGAGACGUCAGGCCGGACUGGAGAUUAGCAGGCGCUUUAAGUGGAUUAGAAAGCAGCAGAGCCAGAGAGAGAAGCGGGCGUAGAGCGAGUGGAGCCGGCGCUGCCUUCCCCUCUGCCGCGAGCGAAGCCUCGCCACCAGGCGCUCUCUUCCUUGCUGCGCUGAAGAGCCUCGCCGCGCCGCCAUGCCCCAGACAGUGGCUUUGAAUGGCCCUUCGCCUUGGGGGUUCCGGCUCGUGGGAGGCAAGGACUUCAGCACUCCCUUGACGAUCUCUCGGAUUAAUCCUGGAAGUAAAGCUGCAAUUGCCAACCUGUGCCCAGGCGAUGUCAUUAUCUCGAUUAAUGGUGAGAGCACAGAAAACAUGACACAUCUAGAAGCACAAAACAAGAUCAAAGCUUGUCUGGAUCAACUCACACUGUCUGUGAACAGGGCCGAAAGCAAGGCUUGGUCCCCUAGUAUUUUAGAAGAUGGAAAAGCACAAGCUUACCGAGUCAAUGUAGAACCAGAACCACAGGACAACGGGCCUGUUCCGAACAGAAGACCAGCAACCUUCUCACCUGAGGGAAGUCCAACAGACAGCAAACAGAUACCAAACUUGCAGUACAAUAACGCUACACGACUGCAUACAAACAACAAUACAGAUUCCAGUUUACCAUCACAAAUGAGCAGCCUCCAUAUCACAUCUCCCCAGAGUGCUGACCCUUUGAGGUCCCUGCCAAGAAACAGAAAUGGAAUCGACAUGGACUCGGAUGUGUACAAAAUGCUGCAGGAUUACGAAAGACCAGUUUCAGAACCUAAGCAGUCAGGAUCCUUUCGAUAUCUGCAGGGCAUGCUGGAAGCUGGAGAGAAUGGUGAAAAACAUGACAGACUGGUUAGUCCUAGACAUGUUAAAUCUCCAGUAUCUAAACUGGGUGGAGCCAUGUCUGGCUUACAGAUGCUCCCUGAGUGCACCAGAUGUGGCAAUGGAAUUGUUGGUACCAUAGUGAAAGCCCGUGACAAGCUCUACCAUCCAGAAUGUUUCAUGUGCAAUGACUGUGGCCUCAACCUGAAGCAAAGAGGAUACUUCUUCAUUGAGGAGCAGCUGUACUGUGAAACACAUGCCAAGGAAAGAGUUAAGCCCCCAGAAGGCUAUGACGUGGUAGCUGUUUAUCCCAAUGCUAAAGUUGAACUUGUCUAAAUAGAUACUCUUGUUUCCCGAAGAGGUCAGAAGGUGGAACACCCACCAGCAGUCACAGUCUCUGUUUUAACGUAUGGCUGUAAUCAAGUCCGAUUACUCGAGUCUCUGUAAGAUGCCUUUUCAGCGAUAAAGUGGUUUACACUUGGGAUCUCAAGGGGAUAGUGCUGAAAGCCUCUGAGAAGGGGUUUCCCCCCCUCCUUUUGACACUUUGCUUUUGAGUUGCUGUGUUUGUCUUCUUUUUUUAAACUGCAAAUAGUUUCUGUCAUAGCCCAGUCCCAAUAUCUGUGUACAUAUGGAGGCUUUUAAAACUGUUUCAUAUACAACCAGUAUUCUCUUGUUCUUUCUCAUUUUAUAUAUAAAGUUGACUGUUUAAAAGUUCAAAGGAAAUAAGGCACUUUAAGAAAUGAAAAUGGCAUUUUAAAACACUGCAUUAAAUUUACUGUUGUCCUAUUGUCAGCAACAUAGGUAAGCCAUAAAUAUUGCUUUGUGACUGACAGGGUGAUAGAAAAUUAAAGUCACAUGUAAUAAAAAAUAAAUAUACCGUGAACCUGGAAGUGAGCAGAUAAAUGACCUUCUAAGUACAAAAGUAAAACAUUUGAGAAAAUUGUUGUUUUCACAAUGUGUUUUAUUCUCUGUUAUAUUUCUGUAGAGUACUUUGGAAAAUAAUGCCCUGCUUGCCAUUCCACACACUUCCUUGUGUUUUCCACCCUGUGCUGAAGCAUGUCAGCAUCAGCCAGCAGGGUCCACUGGGGUGUGUUCAACAACAUAGCCCUCUUUGCUAUCUUAAAGAAAAUAUUCUUGGAACCCCAAAGGAUGGUCCCAAGUUGGCUGACCGUAGUGAGGGAUUGUAGAUGUUACAGAACCAGUUACUUGCCUCAGGCCAUGUAACACAUCUCCUUGUAUUAAGAUCAAGAUAAGUCUCCAGUGCAAUCUCCAUGACUGCACCUUAGGACAAGCUUGACCUUAAUACAGGCGGCCCUCGUUAUUCGUGGGGGUUCAUUCUUGCCUAUGGGCGCAAAUAUGGAAAAUGUGAAUAAUGAAACCUUGAGUCAAUGGGGAUUGCGGUUAGGUUCCUAACAAAAAAAGCGGGGCUAAAAAAAGGGGGGGGGGAGGAAAUAAGAGAAAUAAAGUACUGUGCCUAGCUCUCCAGCAAUGAUUCACCAAACCCCAGGUUCCUUUGAUUUUCCAUGAAAAAUUGCAGGAAUUAUUUUAAAAAGAGCCACAAAAUGGCUCUGCACUGUGAAAUGGUGGCUGUAAAUGACAUCAGAAGUUCCGCAGAUAGGUGAAUUUUAGCCUAUUUUUAUACAGCAGAAAAUGAAACCAGGUCUCUCAGACCCGUCGCCAGAUACACAAAACCAUGGUUGUUGAAACUGCGGAUAACAAAGGCCGCCUGUAUAAUUAUGUAAACCACUAACAUGUCCAGGGUAUGUACUUAUAGCAAAGAAUGAGGUAUAUCAUAGAGUCUUUACACUGUAUAUAUGUAGUUCUCUUUCUUAAAGAGUUAUCAUGAUCUCUCUUCUGACAUUCUCCAGUAUUGCAUUUUCCAGGAACCUACAUUUCAUUUUUGUUUAAUUUUACUUUUAACAAAGGGUUUUACAUUCCUAAACACAUAUCACUUAAAACUCCUUACAGAUACAGUGAAGUUGGCUUAGAGAAUUCAGCACUAUAUACAGAGCAUCUAAAUUUAGCCUAGAAUGAAAAGAAGAACUCCUCCCUGAUAAUUUUUGACUAUGGUAUCAGACUUCUAAAUUCUAUUAACAUUUUAGGUUUUCCCAGGCAAUCAUUUCAUAGCACAACUGCACAUUCAUUAUUCAUAUUUUGCAUUGAAAUUGAUAUUAUGAACAAGAAUUGUUUUGUUGUUUUAAGGGAAGUUGUGCCAUCACCAAUCCUAAUUAGUUACGGAGCAAGCAAGGAACACUGUAGUUUGAGAUCAAAAGAAUGUGACUGAGUCAUAAAAUGGAUAUGACUAAGGAGAGACACUGUAGUUCAACAGUACAGAAUUUAUGUUUGUGUGCAGAAGAUCCCCGGUUCAAUCCCUGGUACCUCCCUGGAGGGCUGGGAAACACCCCUCUCUGAAACCCUGGAGAAAUGCUACCAAUCAGCAUAGACGACAAUGAUCUAAAUAGACCAAGGGUCUAACUCAGUAUUAGACAGCUUCAGCUGUUUGUAGACCGUAGAAAGUCAAAAUAAUGGAGCAAGUCACAUGAUCAUCCUGGGUGGGCUGGGAGGGAACUGGGAGAAGGAAGAACUUAACGACCAAACCAUCCAGUGUCAACAUGCCUCCCACAAGCCCACACGGACAGGCCUGCUCCAUGCAGCUCCAUGAAGCAUGGAGCAGGGCAGAGGGAUCUGGGGCCAGAACUUAUUGUUCCAGCCUCCAGGCAUCCUUCAAUGCAACAUGCAGCACACACAUUGCAUUGGGGGUUCCCCCAUGAGACGGGCACUCUAUGCACCCGUCUCUGUGACUCCCCAGGCUGCGUGCCACCCAAGGAAUCACACAAUACCCGGUAGCCAAGGUAAGGGUGCAAGAGCACCCUUAACCUCAGCUAAAGGCCAGGUUUGCUAAGGAGAUUCGGCGGGAGGGGAGGGGAGGGAUCCUCGAGAAUCCUGCCACUUCUCACAACUAGCUUAACUCUGCUUGGGGCAGCCCAGCGGGGUUAGGCUGGUCAUGAGAACAUGGGGUUAGGCUGGUCAUGAGAACAGUCUCAAUAUCUAAAUUCAGGUAUUAGCACACUCAGAAACAGAAAUUUCUCUGGACAGUCAAGCUCAAUCCUAAAUGUAAAGAGGAAACAACUGUAUAUAUUUAAACUUUCAGACCUCAGCUGCAUCUUGGGAAAGCUGCAACAGCUUGGUUUUUGCAGCAAGAGUGGGCUACAUCCAUUGGUCACUACCACCCACUCCUUGUAGUGGUCCAAUACUAUGUAGAUAGUUUUGUUGGUUUAUAUCGUAAAUAUGCUAUAUUGAUUUGUAUUGAAUUAUUGAUUUGUGUUGAAUUGAAUUGAAUAAAUGUAAAAAUAAAAAAUAAAUCCAUUGGUCACUACCCAAGAUGAAAUGUGGCCACUGUCUGAGAGCAGUGGGCCAUUAGCAUGUUUAGCAUAGGGUUGGCAUACAACUAUCAUGAUGUGGUUAUAUUGUAAUACACACUAGUCAGCUGGAAUACAAAAAAUUCUCAUCAAGCUGGGUGUCAGGGAUCUGGUAGAACUUCAUAAGGAGGGAGAGGCUUUUUCCAAAUCACAACUGCAUGAGAGAUUUUAUCUGGACUAAUGAAGAAUGCCCCCUGCUUCUUUUUUAAAGAAACUGGGUGUAGUGGGAUAGUAGAGUUCAUUGUUUCACCAUCUCAGAAUUUAUAAUAGAGAACAAUCAAUUAUACACAUCAUGAGAAAAAACAAAACAGACAACCAUCAUUCAGUCAGGUUUCGCUGAUAAGUGGCCUGCUGGGUACAUAAAGCAGGGUACAAAUUUAAGAAUCGAUAAUAAUAAACAGAAAAGAACUCUUUGUAAACUGAUACGGUGGUUUCAUUCAUUUCCGCUUGUAUAAACAUUCAUUUAUCUCUUUA